AUGUUAGGAGAUUUCAUUACUCGAUGUCUCAUAUUGCUUCUUGGAUAUGCAUAUCCUGGAUUUGAAUGCUAUAAAACAGUAGAGAGAAACACGGUUGAAAUGGAUGAACUUCGAUUCUGGUGUCAAUACUGGAUCAUUGUUGCUUUUUUCACAGUGCUGGAAAAGUUUGCUGAUGUGGUUAUUGGAUGGUUGCCUUUGUAUGGAGAAUUGAAGCUUGCACUUUUUAUAUACAUGUGGUAUCCCAAAACUAAGGGGACAGGAUAUGUUUAUAAUAAAGUGUUGAGACCAUAUGUAUCUAAGAAUGAAAUUGAUUUUGACAAGUUGUUUCAAGAAUGGAGAGUUAGGGCAUGGGAUUUGGCAAUUUUUUACUGGCAAAAUUGCACUGAGUUGGGGCAGACUGCAUUUUUUCAAGUUUUUGAUCACUUAGCUGCUCAGUCCAAGAAGCUUUCAAACAAAACCUCCAAGAAGAAAAAAGAUGGACAGCAUCCUGUUCCUAGUGCCCCACCAUUGCCGGAAAUAAGAUCAGCUUUGUUUGAAUUCCAACAAAAUGAUUUCUUCGGCCGCAAGAACAAGUAA